UUCACCGACCAAGUUUCUAUCAAGAAAAUCGCGCGCGCGGUCGCGCGGCGGUUCGGCGUCAACGAGGACUGCCGCGCAGCAAACAUCAUUAUCUUUCCAGUACUUCUCUGUGGUAUAAACUGUUAUUCGGUUAAAGCUGUAGCCAGACUUCAAGACUGGUUCACAAUCGCCAAGGUGCUCGCUCUACUAACGGUUAUCUUGACUUCUGGAUAUCUUCUCAUAUUCGGGAAAUCAAUGUAUUGGGACUCAUUUGACCAUAUCUUCGAAGGAAAUUUCCGUACGUUUGGAUCCGCUGCAGUUGCAUUUUACUCUGGAUUGUUCGCAUAUCAAGGAUGGGCAUACCUGAAUACUAUCACAGAGGAGCUCAUCAAUCCAAGACGAAAUCUACCUCUGGCAUUUUUGAUUUCAAUGACAAUAGUCACCGUGGUUUAUGUUCUCUACAAUAUUGCUCUGUAUGUUGUCCUUUCUCCUGAUGAAAUUAUUUUGCAUCCAGCUGCUUCUGUGACGUAUGCAAACAAAAUAUAUGGCAAAUUUUCAUUCAUAAUGUCACUUUUUGUCGCCAUUUCCACGUUCGGGUCCGCAAACGGCAGUCUCAUGAUGAGUUCGAGAUUGUUCUUCUGUGGAGCUCGUGAAGGCCAAAUGCCAGUGAUUUUGGCAAUGACUAACAAGCAUUUUCGAACGCCCAUCCCUUCCGUGAUACUUAUGAGCAUGCUAGCAAUCGGCUAUAUACUUCUCUCCUCAAAUGUUUUCGUGCUCAUCAACGCCAGCCAGACCACUGUUUGGGUGGCAUACACUCUUGCGGGUGUGGCUCUGCUAGUACUUCGAUAUAAAAUGCCGGAUGCGUACAGGCCAAUCAAAGUGAACAUAGCUAUUCCGAUUAUAUUCAUAAUUGGUGGAGUAACACUUGUAACGCUGUCAGCUAUUGGUGAACCUAAAGACACAGAUAAUUUCACCGCUUUCUGCCAAAAACUUUUCAUGCUUGUGGACGAAAAUAAGGAAAUUUGA